CCCACACGUAGCAUCAAGCUAACUCCGGCGUAACUAUCUCCUAACUCGCUAUCUUCUCACUCACUAACGAUAUCAAACCACAACGAGAGAAGAAGAAGAAGAAAACUGUCCACAGCCCACCACUGCUUCCCCUUCUUAUAUAUAUACCCUCGGCCGGCCCUUAUCUGUUAUCUCUCUCCUGUGCCUCUCCAUUUCCUUUUGCUGCCCUCCCCUCUUGCAUCAUCCUUGUUCAUCGUCUCUCCAGCCGCGCGCCCAGCAGCAGCGUUCUCGAUCGAUCAGUCGUCGAUCCGGCCGUGUGUUCUUCUUCUGUAUCACUAUCACCUUCACCGCUUCACCUAUUCGGCCGGCCAGCUGCUGAUAUCUUCUUCUUCGCUGCCGCCUGCUGCCGAUUAAUUUAUUCACUCGACGGCAGCGACUUCAUCGUCUAUCAUAGGAAGCUGAGCAAAGAAGACGUAGGGUGCAGCCGUGCAGGAGGAAUAGAGAUAGAGAGCUUCAGGUAUAUAUAGCAGGCAGGCAGGCUGUGUGGUUGAUCCGGUGAUCUAUAUCGAUCCGUCGAGGAUGUGCACCAGGGGCCACUGGAGACCGUCGGAGGACGAGAAGCUGAAGGAGCUCGUCGCGCUCUACGGCCCGCACAACUGGAACGCCAUCGCCGAGAAGCUUCAAGGGAGAUCAGGGAAAAGCUGCAGGCUGAGGUGGUUCAACCAGCUGGACCCGAGGAUCAACCGGAGCCCCUUCUCAGAGCAGGAGGAGGCGCUGCUCCUGGCGUCCCACCGCGUCCACGGCAACCGGUGGGCCGUCAUCGCCAGGCUCUUCCCGGGGCGCACCGACAACGCCGUCAAGAACCACUGGCAUGUGAUCAUGGCGCGGCGGUGCAGGGAGCGGAUGAGGCUCUCGAACAGGGGCGGCGCCGCUGCUGGCCAGCAUGGUGCCGUCGACACCGGUGCUGUGGAAGAUGGCAGUAACCCUAGGAACGCCAAGAAGCUGAGGCCUGAUGCCAGCAGCGUGGCCUCCUUCCUAGACAAGUACCGAAGAGAAUUUUCCGUCGUCGUCCCGUUUGCUAUUAACCAUGAUCGCAAGCAGCAGGACUAUUGUUCAACUACUAACGAAGCAGACGCAAACAAAUCGGUUGAAUUCUACGAUUUUCUCCAAGUGAAUGCGAACUCGAGCGACACCAAGUGUGGUUCGAGCAUCGAGGAGCAGGAGGAGAACCGGGAUGAUCAAGCCGAAGGGCAGGUGCAGUUCAUAGACUUCCUGGAGGUUGGGGUCUCUCAUCCCCAGUGAUUUAUCUGUAUUAAUUUCUAUAUAUAUAUAUAUAUAUAUAUUUAACUAGGGAUGCAUCCAAAGCAGGUUGUAAUGCUUUGUGAAAGACGCAUAUGCUGCAAAUGGCAAUCGUCUGCUAGCUAACACCAAACGUACUUAUAGAGGAAGCAGAAUGCACCGCGUACAUAUAUGACAUGUAACUUAUUGAUAUGUAUACAUAUCUGUCCAUAUCCGCGCGCCGUUUGGGGGCCGGUACACAUGCAAAAUUAUUCUGAGAUAAAUGAGGAAUUAAUUAUUAUUUCAUCA